CUGUGUUCCACUCCUCUGACUACCAACUCACUUGAUUCUCAUCCUACUCGACCAUGGAGAACGUCCAAGUCGCCCAGGAUGAGUACGGACGUCCGUUCAUCGUCGUCCGUGAGCAGGCCAAGAAGACGAGAUCCACGGGCGUCGAGGCCAUCAAGAGCCACAUCGCUGCAGCAAAGACGGUCUCAUCGAUCCUGCGCACCUCGCUCGGCCCUCGUGGACUCGACAAGAUCUUGAUCUCGCCCGAUGGAGAUAUCCAGGUCACUAACGAUGGUGCCACAAUCAUGAACAACAUGGAGCUCGAGCACCAAAUUGCCAAGCUCCUCGUCGAACUCAGCAAGUCGCAGGACGACGAGAUCGGUGAUGGCACAACGGGCGUCGUCGUCUUGGCGGGAGCUCUCCUCGAGCAAGCAGAGACGCUCCUCGACCGCGGUAUUCACCCGAUCCGCAUCGCAGACGGCUAUGAGCGUGCCUGCACUGUCGCCGUUGAUGCGCUGGAGAAGGUAGCGGACCGCGUCGAUUUCUCGCUCGACGACCGCGCUGAGCUCCUCAAGGUGGCCAAGACGUCACUCGGCUCCAAGAUCGUCAGCAAAGCCUCUGAUCUCUUCGCCAACAUCGCAGUCGACUCUGUGCUCUCUGUUGCCGACCUGGAGAGACGAGACGUAGACUUUGAGCUGAUCAAGGUGGACGGCAAGAUCGGCGGCUCCCUCGAGGACACAUCGCUUGUCAAGGGAGUAGUAGUGGACAAGGACUUCUCUCACCCGCAGAUGCCGCGUGAAGUCAAGGACGCCAAAAUUGCCAUUUUGACCUGCCCCUUCGAGCCUCCGCGCCCAAAGACGAAGCACAAGCUCGACAUCGGCUCGGUGGAAGAGUACCAAAAGCUGCAGGAAUACGAGCGCAAGACCUUCGAGGACAUGAUCAAGCGAGUCAAGGACUGUGGCGCCAACCUGGUCAUCUGCCAGUGGGGAUUCGACGAUGAGGCCAACCAUUUGCUGCUCCAACAUAACCUUCCCGCUGUACGCUGGGUCGGCGGACCGGAGAUCGAGCUGAUCGCCAUUGCGACCAAUGGGCGAAUCGUGCCUCGCUUUGAAGACUUGAGCCCGGAGAAGCUGGGCACUGCUGGUUUGGUCAAAGAGGUCAGCUUUGGUACUACGAGGGAUCGCAUGCUGGUCAUCGAAGAGUGCGCCAAUCCCCGAGCAGUUACCGUCUUCGUCCGUGGAUCGAACAAGAUGAUCAUCGAUGAGGCCAAGCGCGCAUUGCACGACGCCAUCUGCGUGGUACGCAACCUUGUACGAGACAAUCGUGUUGUCUACGGCGGAGGAGCGGCCGAGAUUGUAGGCAGCGUAGCAAUCACACGGGCAGCGGAUGAGAUUGCCACUCUCGAGCAAUACGCCAUGCGCGCGUUCGCCUCAGCCCUCGACGCUAUCCCCCUCGCACUCGCAGAGAACUCGGGAUAUCCGCCCAUCGAGACGCUUGCAGAGGUCAAGUCAAGGCAGGUAGUGGAAGGCGACGCGAGGCUCGGGAUCGACUGCAUGGGGUCAGGGGACAAUGAUAUGAAGAGGUGCAGGGUCUAUGACCCGAUGCUGAGCAAGCGCAGCCAGUUGCUGUUAGCUGUGCAGCUUUGCAGGCAGAUCCUGAAGAUCGAUGAUGUUAUUGAGCAGCACGAGAUGGAGGGGUAGGCGCGAUGUGGCGCGAGUAAUAGACAUCUGAUUGCGGUGG